UUGUCGGAGCGACGUCGGACACAAACCCUGGCGGACAACAAGAUGGCGCUGUUCUUGGAUACCAGGUUUCUGUUAAGAAAACUUAAAGAUUUAAGAUGUUUGACUCCCAAACGAACCCGAGUGAAAGAUAAAUGGGCUGCCACACGUCCCAAGUACCCUCCCACAAGGCUCGCCCUGCACUACUUUGAUACUACUUACAAGGUCCAGCUGGGGCAGCUGUGGCCAUCAGUGCGAGUCGCCAUGCUCUCAGAGAAAAAGUACGGAGCCCUUCUCAAUAAUUUUUCCCAAAGUGAUGUUUUGCUCGACCUUCAAGCCCAGGGUUGCAGAGACUUCAUCACUACUAGAGAUGCUCAGACAUACAUGGAGCAAAACCUUGAGGUUGGAACUGUGGAGGAAUCCAGUCAUGUUUUCAUGACAAAAUCUGACGCUGGUGAUCAGCAGCUAUCUUCCCCACAGCUCAGCACGAAUAUCAAGUGCUUGGUGUUUCCGAGAGGGGAUGUUACGCGAUUCAAGCCUGCCAGACCAGACAUUCAUGGCCUCUUGGGUUACUACCUGAUGGACGCAGCAUCUGUGCUGCCUUGUCUUGCACUGGAUGUCCAGGACGGUCACACAGUGCUCGACCUCUGUGGUGCCCCAGGAGGAAAGGCUCUGACUUUACUUCAGACCCAGUCUAUCAGGUUUUUAUGUGUAAAUGACAUCUCAGCGUCUCGGAGAUUGCGACUGAAAAAGGUCCUCCACAGCUACAUUCCUAAGCAGUUUUUAAAGGGUGGGAAUCUACGAAUCACCUCCUUCGAUGGCACCACAUGGGAAGAAAUUGAGAGCAAAUCUUUCGACAGAGUUCUUGUCGAUGUUCCCUGCACCACGGACAGACAUUCACUGAUGGAGGACGACAACAACAUAUUCAGUAAGAACAGGGUCAGCGAGAGACGAAGGCUGCCGCAGCUCCAACUGGCACUGCUGCUGGCGGGGAUUCAAGCAGCUUGUCCUGGGGGGGAGAUCGUUUACUCCACCUGCACACUCUCUCAAAGCCAGAACCAGAGCGUGGUUGAACAGGCCAUCUACCAAGCGCGAGAGGACUACAGCAUCCGCCUUGAGGUUGCCGAUCUGCGACCCCUCACACAAAUGUUUAGGAACACCUUUCACUUCGCACCUGACCUCAGCCUGGGUGAGAUGGUUAUCCCUCACUUAGCCGCAAACUUUGGACCCAUUUACAUGUGCAAGUUAAAGAGACUUGCAUAGAUUGCGGCUUGUUUUGCCUGAAAGCUGCUACAACAAAUCCCUUUGGACUCUCAGAUCAAGACUUUAUCUGCACUUGUAAACUGGAAUUUACUUGUUCACUCCUCGGACCUGGACUUCUUCAUCAAAACUGCGGUUACACCGAACGGUUUGUAAUGGAGCCUUUGUUGCACAGAGAGUUUGUUCUUGAAUAAUACAGAGUGCUAAACAAAAAAACUAAAAAAAAAAAGGUCAUUUCAAAUUUCCAAAUAAAGAGGACAAACUAUUCUCAUCUCAUUUAAUUUGGUUUAUAUUAGUAAAAUACUCAUUUCAAUCCCAGACAAACAACAGGAAUGAAGCAUUGCAGCGUGACUACUUACCUGCAGUUUUAAUUUUUACCCCAUAGGUGUCCACAGUAGAUAAAGAGUUGAGAGCUGUCUUGUCUCCUCUGUGUCCACUAGAGGACACUAAGCACGCAUAAAGGUUGCAGGAACUCCAGUGUGCAUGUUGUCUUCCGCCGUGUCAGAUGUAUGGAGGCGAUGUCUUAGAUUGGUGAAUCACAUUACUGAAACACAAAUUUCCAUCAGAAUUACCUGCUCUCUUUAACUCUGCCACGAAAAUGUGUUUGGCUUGUCCUGUUGUUAUUCAUCAGGUUUGAUGGCUUUGCCUAAUAAUGCGAUAUGUGUCUGUGUGGAAGGAGGACAUAAUGAACAGGCAGGUAAUGACUUAUUUGACCAUUUGGCUUCUCACAUCUGAAUCUGUGCAACUUUCAUUACUACAGCAGGAUUGCCUCCAUUUUUGCAUUGACAUCACUCAGAGGUGAACCGUUCCCUCCUAUCGCAGCCUAAUGUGAGCGGCGGAGGUGCCUCUUUUUCCAUCACACCGCCGAUGACCCUUUAUGUUGUCCUGGCCGGGCAAUGUAGCGUGAAAAAGGUGUGAGUGUGUGUGUGUCUAACGAGUCCACCAUCCACAUCCCACUGUCAUUAAGCUGCUCCAAGUACCAGAGCUGACUCCCAUCCCCGUGUGGGGAUGGACGGCAGCCAUGCGGCUCCCAGAUGAACAUUAAAGAGGCAGCAGAGAGCUAAAAUGGGACGACUCGCCCCGUUUUGCCCCUCCGCUUUUUUAUUCCACAGAUGAGUGCAGAUAAUUUUCGGUGCGAUUGUGAGUGAUUACUGUAUUACUGUGGUAAAAGGGGGAUGUAUCAGGGAAUGCAGAGGGAAUUAAUGACACAUAAAAACUAUUUUUGUAUUGAGUGCGUUCGUCCCCAGGGCCUCGAACGCCUCUUCGCAUAUCUUGUGAUUACCUAAACGUAUUGUAAAUAUGUGUUUCCUAUGGGCUCUUCCAUAAAUUUACAUGUUUUAACACUCAGGAGACGGCAGACUGUUAGAGAUGACUUACUCUCUAUUCUGCCUGUCUAUAGACUCGAAUGGCUGCCUGCUUUAUUAUUGAAUUAGCCAAUGAAGCGCUGUGCAUUUGUGUCCCUGUGUGUAAGCCUGUGUUAGGGAGACGUGCUGUAUUAGAAAGAUGAAUAUUGUGGAUUUAACUGCGCGGCCGUGCUUCUGUUGUGUUUUCAAAUACAACUUAAAUGUUGCAUUUUUGAUAAUAAACAUGCAAAACACUGUAA